AGCCGCCGCCACAAGUCUUUCCGCCUCCCCAGCCCGCCCGGGAGCUGCGAGCCGCGAGCUGGAUUAUGGUGGCCUGAGCAGCCAACGCAGCCGCAGGAGCCCGGAGCCCUUGCCCCUGCCCGCGCCGCCGCCCACCGGGGGGACCGGGGAAGCCGCCGCCGGCCCGCCAUGCCCGCCCCUCCCAGCCCCGCCGGGAGCCCGCGCCCGCUGCCGUGGCUGGCCGCCGCCGCGCCGAUGUAGCGGGCUCCGGAUCCCAGCCUCUCCCCUGCUCCCGUGCUCUGCGGAUCUCCCUGACCGCUCUCCACGGCCCGGACCCGGGGGCUGGCCCAGGGCCCUGCAGGCUCUGGCGUCCUGAUGCCCCCAAGCUCCCUCUCCUGAGAAGCCAUCAGCACCACCCAGACUUGGGGGCAGGCGCCAGGGACGGACGUGGGCCAGUGCGAGCCCAGAGGGCCCGAAGGCCGGGGCCCACCAUGGCCCAAGCCCUGCCCUGGCUCCUGCUGUGGAUGGGCGCGGGAGUGCUGCCUGCCCACGGCACCCAGCACGGCAUCCGGCUGCCCCUGCGCAGCGGCCUGGGGGGAGCCCCCGUGGGGCUGCGGCUGCCCCGGGAGACCGACGAAGAGCUCGAGGACCCCGGCCGGAGGGGCAGCUUUGUGGAGAUGGUGGACAACCUGAGGGGCAAGUCGGGGCAGGGCUACUACGUGGAGAUGACCGUGGGCAGCCCCCCGCAGACGCUCAACAUCCUGGUGGAUACAGGCAGCAGUAACUUUGCAGUGGGUGCUGCCCCCCACCCCUUCCUGCAUCGCUACUACCAGAGGCAGCUGUCCAGCACAUACCGGGACCUCCGGAAGGGUGUGUAUGUGCCCUACACCCAGGGCAAGUGGGAAGGGGAGCUGGGCACCGACCUGGUAAGCAUCCCCCAUGGCCCCAACGUCACUGUGCGUGCCAACAUUGCUGCCAUCACUGAAUCAGACAAGUUCUUCAUCAACGGCUCCAACUGGGAAGGCAUCCUGGGGCUGGCCUAUGCUGAGAUUGCCAGGCCUGAUGACUCCCUGGAGCCUUUCUUCGACUCUCUGGUAAAGCAGACCCACGUUCCCAACCUCUUCUCCCUGCAGCUUUGUGGUGCUGGUUUCCCCCUCAACCAGUCUGAAGUGCUGGCCUCUGUCGGAGGGAGCAUGAUCAUUGGAGGUAUCGACCACUCGCUGUACACAGGCAGUCUCUGGUAUACACCCAUCCGGCGGGAGUGGUAUUAUGAAGUGAUCAUUGUGCGGGUGGAGAUCAAUGGACAGGAUCUGAAAAUGGACUGCAAGGAGUACAACUAUGACAAGAGCAUUGUGGACAGUGGCACCACCAACCUUCGUUUGCCCAAGAAAGUGUUUGAAGCUGCAGUCAAAUCCAUCAAGGCAGCCUCCUCCACAGAGAAGUUCCCUGACGGUUUCUGGCUAGGAGAGCAGCUGGUGUGCUGGCAAGCAGGCACCACCCCUUGGAACAUUUUCCCAGUCAUCUCACUCUACCUAAUGGGUGAGGUUACCAACCAGUCCUUCCGCAUCACCAUCCUUCCGCAGCAAUACCUGCGGCCAGUGGAAGAUGUGGCCACGUCCCAAGACGACUGUUACAAGUUUGCCAUCUCACAGUCAUCCACGGGCACUGUUAUGGGAGCUGUUAUCAUGGAGGGCUUCUACGUUGUCUUUGAUCGGGCCCAAAAACGCAUUGGCUUUGCUGUCAGCGCUUGCCAUGUGCACGAUGAGUUCAGGACGGCAGCGGUGGAAGGCCCUUUUGUCACCCCGGACAUGGAAGACUGUGGCUACAACAUUCCACAGACAGAUGAGUCAACUCUCAUGACCAUAGCCUAUGUCAUGGCUGCCAUCUGCGCCCUCUUCAUGCUGCCACUCUGCCUCAUGGUGUGUCAGUGGCGCUGCCUCCGCUGCCUGCGCCAGCAGCAUGAUGACUUUGCUGAUGACAUCUCCCUGCUGAAGUGAGGAGGCCCAUGGGCAGAAGAUAGAGAUUCCCCUGGACCACACCUCCGUGGUUCACUUUGGUCACAAGUAGGAGACACAGAUGGCACCUGUGGCCAGAGCACCUCAGGACCCUCCCCACCCACCAAAUGCCUCUGCCUUGAUGGAGAAGAAGGAAAAGGCUGGCAAGGUGGGUUCCAGGGACUGUACCUGUAGGAAAUAGAAAAGAGAAGAAAGAAGCACUCUGGUGGCGGGAAUACUCUUGGUCACCUCAAAUUUAAGUUGGGAAAUUCUGCUGCUUGAAACUUCAGCCCUGAACCUUUGUCCACCAUUCCUUUAAAUUCUCCAACCCAAAGUAUUCUUCUUUUCUUAGUUUCAGAAGUACUGGCAUCACACCCAGGUUACCCUGGCAUGUGUCCUUGUGGUACCCUGGCAGAGAAGAGACCAAGCUUAUUUCCCUGCUGGCCAAAGUCAGUAGGAGAGGAUGCACAGUUUGCUAUUUGCUUCAGAGACAGGGACUGUAUAAACAAGCCUAACAUUGGUGCAAAGAUUGCCUCUUGAAUUAAAAAAAAAAAAAACUAGAUUGAAUAUUUAUACAAAUGGGGGCGGCUGGAAAGAGGAGAAGGAGAGGGAGUACAAAGACAGGGAAUAGUGGGAUCGAAGCUAGGAAAAGCAGAAACAAAACCACUCACCAGUCCUAGUUUUAGACCUCAUCUCCAAGAUAGCAUCCCAUCUCAUAAGAUGGGUGUUGUUUCAAUGUUUUCUUUUCUGUGGUUGCAGCCUGACCAAAAGUGAGAUGGGAAGGGCUUAUCUAGCCAAAGAGCUCUUUUUUUAGCUCUCUUAAAUAAAGUGCCCACUAAAAAGUUCCACUUAACACAUGAAUUUGUACCAUAUUAAUUUCACUUGUCUCUACCUGAACCCUUAUUCUACAUAUGAUAGGUAGCACCAAAAUAUCCUAACCCCCUAAGCUCCAGGUGCCCUUUGAGAGAGCAACUGGACUAUAUAGCAGGGCUGGGCUCUGUCUUCCUGGUCACAGGUUCACUCUUUCCCCCAAAUCUUCCUCUGGAGCUUUGCAGCCAAGGUGCUAAAAGGAAUAGGUAGGAGACCUCUUCCUCCUAAUCCUUAAAAGCAUAAUGUUGAAGAUUCAUUCAACAGCUGAUGCCCUAUAACCCCUGCCUGGAUUUCUUCCUAUUAAGCUAUAAGAAGUAGCAAGAUCUUUACAUAAUUCAGAGUGGUUUCAUUGCCUUCCUGCCCUCUCUAAUGGCCCCUCCAUUUAUUUGACUAAAGCAUCACACAGUGGCACUAGUAUUAUAUCAGGAGUAUGAGAAAUACAGUGCUUUCUGGCUCUAACAUCAUUGCCUUCAGUAUCAAGGCUGCCUGGAGAAAGGAUGGCAGCUUCAGGGCUUCCUUAUGUUCUCCACCACAAGAGCUCCUUGAUGAAGGCCAUCUUUUUCCCCUAUCCUGCUCUCCCCUCCCGGCUCCUAAUGGUACGUGGGUACCCAGGCUGGUUCUUGGGCUAGGUAGUGGGGACCAAGUUCAUUACCUCCCUAUCAGUUCUAGCAUAGUAAACUACGGUAUCAGUGUUAGUGGGAAGAGCUGGAUUUUCCUGGUAUACCCACUGCAUCCUACUCCUAUCUGGUCAACACGCUGCUUCCAGGUAUAGGACCUGCCAAGUGUGGAAUUACCUGAUAAGGGAGAAGGAAAUACAAGGAGGGCCUCUGGUGUUCCUGGCCUCAGCCAGCUGCCCACAAGCCAUAAACCAAUAAAACAAGAAUAUUGAGUCAGUUUUUUAUCUGGGUUCUCUUCAUUCCCACUGCACUUGGUGCUGCUUUGGCUGACUGGGAACACCCCAUAACUACAGAGCCUGACAGGAAGACUGGAGACUGUCCACUUCUAGCUCGGAACUUACUGUGUAAAUAAACUUCCAGAACUGCUACCAUGAAGUGAAAAUGCCACAUUCUGCUUUAUAAUUUCUACCCAUGUUGGGAAAAACUGGCUUUUUCCCAGCCCUUUCCAGGGCAUAAAAUUCAACCCCUUUAAUAGCAAGUCCCAUCAGCCUAUUAUUUUUUUUAAAGAAAACUUGCACUUGUUUUUCUUUUUACAGUUACUUCCUUCCUACCCCAAAACUAUAAGUGUAAAAAAAAAAAAAGUCUUAACAGCUUCUUGCUUGUAAAAAUAUGUAUUAUACAUCUCUAUUUUUAAAUUCUCCUGAAAAAUGACUGUCCCAUUCUCCACUCACUGUAUUUGGGGCCUUUCCCAUUGGUCUGCAUGGCUUUUAUCAUUGCAGGCCAGUGGACAGAGGGAGAAGGGAGAACAGGGGUGGCCAACACUCGUGUUGCUUUCUGACUGAUCCUGAACAAGAAAUAGUAAUACUGAGGCGCUCGCUCCCAUGCACAACUCUCCAAAACACUUAUCCUGCUAGAAUGGGCUUUCUAGGAUCUUUACUGGGAAGCAGUUAAGCCCCCUCCUCACCACUUCCUUUUUUUUUUUUUUCUUUACUCCUUUGGCUUCAGAGGAUUUUGAAAAAGAAACAAUAUGCUUUACACUCAUUUCCAAUUUCUAAAUUUUCAAGGGAUACUGAAAAAUACGGCAGGUGGCCUAAGGCUGCUAUAAAGUUGAGGGGAGAGGAAAUCUUAAGAUUACAAGAUAAAAAAAUGAAUCCCCUAAACGAAAAGAACAAUGGAACUGGUCUUCCAUUUUGCCACCUUUCCUGUUCAUGACAGCUACUAACCUGGAGACAGUAACAUUUCAUUAACCAAAGAAAGUGGGUCACCUGACCUCUGAAGAGCUGAGUACUCAGGCCACUCCAAUCACCCUACAAGAUGCCAAGGAGGUCCCAGGAAGUCCAGCUCCUUAAACUGAUGCUAGUCAAUAAACCUGGGCAAGUGAGGCAAGAGAAAUGAGAAAGAAUCCAUCUGUGAGGUGACAGGCAGGGAUGAAAGACAAAGAAGGAGAGGAGUAUCAAAAGCCGACAGGAGAUCAUUUAGUUGGGUCUGAAAGGAAAAGUCUUUGCUAUCUGACAUGUAUUGCUAGGACCUGUAAGCAUUUUAGGUCCCAUAAUGGAAAAAAAAUCAGCUAUUGGUAGUAUAAUAAUGUCCUUUGCCUGGAGUCAGUUUUUUAAAAAAGUUAACUCUUAGUUUUUACUUGUUUAAUUCUAAAAGAGAAGGGAGCUGAGGCCAUUCUCUGUAGAAGUAAAGAUAAAAGAAUAGGAAAAGAUUCAAAGCUCUAACAGAGUCACAGCUUUCCCAGGUAUAAAACCUAAAAUUAAGAAGUACGACAAGCAGAGGUGGAAAAUGAUCUAGUUCCUGAUAGCUACCCAUAGAGCAAGUGAUUGAUAAAUUUGAAAUCCAAACUGUUUUCUUAGUAUCACUUUGGUCUCCAUUGUUCCCAGGACAGGAAAUAUGUCCCCCAUAACUUUCUUGCUUCAAAAAUUAAAAUCCAGCAUCCCAAGAUCAUUCUGCAACUAAUUUUGCACAGACAUCUCCUCACCCCAGUGCCUGUCUGGAGCUCACCCAAGGUCACCCAACAACUUGGUUGUGAACCAACUGCCUUAACCUUCAGGGGGAGGGGGAUUCGCUAGACUAGGAGACCAGAAGUGAAUGGGAAAGGGUGAGGACUUCACAAUGUUGGCUGGUCAGAGCUUGAUUAGAAGCCAAGCCAGUGGCAGCAAAGGAAGGCUUGGCCCAGGAAAAACCUGUGGGUUGUGCUAAUUUCUAUCCAGAAAAUAGAUUGGACAGAAGCUUGUGGGGUGCAUGGAGGAACUGGGACCUGGUUAUGUUGUUAUUCUCGGACUGUGAAUUUUGGUGAUGUAAAACAGAAUAUUCUGUAAACCUAACGUCUGUAUAAAUAAUGAGCGUUAACACAGUAAAAUAUUCAAUAAGAAGUCAAA